GAGCCAAAUUUUGAGGGACAAAAGUGCUAUAUUACCAAUCUUUAGAUUCAGAUGAUGAUGAGAGAACAGCAGAGAGAAACAGAGAGAAGCAACCAUCGCCAAUACCGCCCAUAGAAGCCAGUGAGAAUCACAGCUAGACAUUUGGAGAGAGAGUGAGAGCCAAGAAAUACAAGUGAAAAGUAGAAGAAAGGAUAAAAAGUUGAGAGCGAAAAAUAAGGGGAGUUUCUUGACCACUCAAGGGGGUUACCAUUCCAUUCCCUUCACCAAUACAUCAAUCCAUCACAAAGAAUGGUUUUUUCCUUUUCUAGAGAGCGAAAAAAAGAGACUGGGAAUCAGUAACGGAUCCAUAAACCCAUACCAAAAGUAGUCAAACUUUUGGUGGGUUUUCUUCUUUCAGCUUCUCCAUUUUCUUGAUGACUAAAUUGUCUCGCCCAGCUUAAACGGGCCUCGAUUCGAGUAUUUUUGGUAACUCAGCUGGACCAAUUUGAGCGCACCUCGAUCAGUUCUUUUUGAUAAUUUUAGUGGCCGGACCAACUUAGGCCAACUUAGUCCAGCUUAGUCGCACCUCAACUCGUUUGGGUUUCGUCAAUGGACGCACCACCACCGCCACCGGCUGAGGAGCUGCUAAAGAAGAUCCAAGAACUCGAAGCGGGUCAUGCCCACUUGAAGCACGAGAUGUCAAAGCUCUUGAUUUCCACCGAUCAGCAAAAGUCAGCCCCAGCACACCAACAGAGGUCCCACUCGGUGUCGCCGCAGCGGCUGCGGCGGAGAGUCGGCGGCGUUGAAGGCGCGACGGCGGUGUUGAAGAAGGGUUCGGCAUCGUUUCGGAAUUCGUCGCCGUUGCAGAGGGAGAGUCGGAGUGGUGUCGCAUUGAACUCUGGCGGUGGAGGGUGUGGGCCGGCGGCUGUGGGAUUUAAUGAUAGGCAGUAUUUGAACAUAUUGCAGUCAAUGGGUCAGUCUGUUCAUAUAUUUGAUCUCAACCUUCGUAUAAUCUACUGGAAUCGUACUGCAGAACAACUCUAUGGUCAUUCUGCAGCAGAAGCUCUCGGUCAGGAUGCCAUUGAGCUCCUAACAGAUGUCCGAGACUAUGCUGUAGUUAGUGAUAUAAUACAACGGGUGACAAUGGGGGAGAGCUGGGCUGGUCAACUUCCUGUUAAGAAUAAGAGAGGGGAUACGUUUGUAGUCCUUGCAACCAACUCCCCCUUUUACGAUGACGAUGGCACUUUGGUUGGAAUUAUCUGUGUCUCUAGUGAUUCACAUCCAUUUCAAGACAGAAGGGAUGAUUUCCCAGGUACAAAGCACACAGAGGGAGGUUUGAGCUUUAGCCGGCCUAGAAGCAUUGCUUCAGCCAAACUUGGUCUUGAUCCUCAACAACCUCUCCAAGUUGCAAUUGCGUCUAAAAUAUCUAAUUUGGCUUCCAAGGUGAGCAACAAGGUUAAGUCCAAAAUGAGGACUGGAGAGAGCAAUAUGGAUCGUGAAGGUGGGGGUGGAGAUGGUCAUUAUUCUGAUCAUGGUUUCUCAGAUGCAGCACUGUCUGAUCAUAGGGAGGAUGCCAAUUCAAGUGGAGCUAGUACACCCAGAGGAGAUAUACCACCAUCUCCCUUUGGAGGAUUAUCUCAAGUUGCACAUGACGAGCACUCCCCAGGGAAACUCUCUAGAGAUUCCGGUGAUGAGAGUGAAGGGAAACCUGGAAUUCAUAAAAUCAUUAGUUCAAAAGCAGAGGCAUGGAUUGGUAAGAAAGGAUUGUCGUGGCCGUGGAAAGGGAAUGAGCAUGAAGGCGUGGAAGCAAAGAACAUCCGGUUUGUUUGGCCGUGGUCGAACAAUGAUCAUGAGAAUGACUUUGGUCAUCUGAAGAGUUCUUUUUCUGGUGUGAAACAAGAUAGUCAAGUGGGUGAGAGUAAUCGGCCUACCCAUAAUGAAGCUUCAGGGUCAUGGUCAUCAUCAUUCAAUGUUAACAGCACAAGUAGUGCAAGUAGCUGUGGAAGUACCAGCAGUAGUGCUGUUAAUAGAGUGGAUGUGGACACUGAUUCCUUGGACUACGAAAUCUUGUGGGAGGACUUGACAAUAGGAGAGCAAAUUGGACAAGGUUCUUGCGGAACUGUAUAUCAUGCUCUUUGGUUUGGAUCGGAUGUUGCUGUCAAGGUUUUCUCCAGGCAAGAAUAUUCAGAGGAUGUGAUAUAUUCCUUCAGACAAGAGGUAUCUCUCAUGAAAAGGCUUAGACAUCCGAAUGUUCUACUCUUUAUGGGUGCAGUAACUUCCCCUCAGCGUCUCUGUAUUGUUACAGAGUUCCUUCCACGCGGAAGCUUGUUUCGGUUACUACAGAGGAAUACAUCAAGAUUAGAUUGGAGACGACGGGUUCACAUGGCUUUAGACAUAGUACGAGGCAUGAAUUAUCUUCAUCAUUGCAACCCACCUAUUAUUCAUCGUGAUUUGAAGUCUUCAAACCUUCUAGUUGAUAAGAACUGGACUGUGAAGGUUGGCGAUUUUGGUCUGUCGCGCCUCAAACAUGAAACAUUUCUUACUACAAAAACAGGGAAAGGAACGCCUCAAUGGAUGGCACCAGAAGUUCUUCGUAAUGAACAAGCAGAUGAGAAAUCUGAUAUAUACAGCUUUGGAGUUAUCUUAUGGGAGCUGGCCACCGAAAAGAUCCCUUGGGAUAAUCUCAACUCAAUGCAGGUGAUUGGAGCGGUAGGUUUCAUGAACCAGCGAUUAGAGAUUCCCGCAGAUGUGGAUCCACAAUGGGCCUCUAUAAUUGAGAGCUGCUGGCACAGCGAGCCACAGAGCCGGCCAACGUUCCAAGAAUUGCUGGAUAGGUUCAAGGAUCUGCAGAAACAGUAUGCCGUUCAAUUUCUAGCUGCUCGUUCUGCUGCGGGAGAUAGCUAGAGAGAAUUCUAGGAUACUGUUGGAGAAGUCUCUUACUAGUGGUGUUGAGGUAUGGCAGCUGGCGUGUCAGAAAUUCCUGUCGAAAGUUUGCACUUACCCGCUCAAGUUGAUGAUUACCACGUUGCCAUACACUGCUUGGGUUAUUGGCACAACUAUUUCUGCAGCUCCAUAGCGUGUAAAGAAUUGAAGCAAAAAUUAGAGGUGUCGUCGCCAAUGAAAGUUCUUGAUAUGUCUUGUGAUGGAUUUUUUCCUCCUUUUGACACCAUCAAAUCUUUUGUGAUGGGUUUCUUCUCCAUCUCGACACUAUCAAAUCUCAUCUCGGGAGAUCAUACAUCGGCCACUUUUCACUAGGGUUUGAUGAUUCAUGAUGUUGGAAACUUUUUGUAUUUUUUUGAUCUUCGCAAUAAUAGAAUCACUGGAGAACAUCUGUACAUAGGAGACCACACGGUUUGUCAUUCAGGUUGAAAAGUGAUACCAUCCGUUGUGUUGUAAAACUUCUUACUCAUUUUCUCAAGUAGGUUAUUUUCUAGUUUCA